GUCGAGUGCGACAAUGUGGUAAAGAAUGUCUCUUAUAGUUUUAUUACAUCAAAUCUUGAUAAUAUUACAUUAUAGUUGGGUUAGUUGUAGUUUCAUAUAAUUAUUUAUUGUUGCACUUGACAAAAUACAUAUUAAAACAAAUAAAUAAAAAAUAUUUCCUGUAAAAUUUGUUCAUUAAUUUUUCACUUAGUUAAUUAAUCGGAAAGUAUUAAAAUUAUUUUAGUGAUUAAAAAUUUAAAAUCUUUAUAAAAAGAUAAUUAUAAAAAAUAAUCAACUAUUUUUUAAAUAUCAUUAACUGACGAAUGAGUGAAAAGUGCAAAACAAGAAAGUAAUAAAACUCAACAGGGAAUUCGCACGUGCUGCAAAUUGUUUGAUUCUUACAGUUAACUACGAAGAAAACGAAAAUGUCGAGUCUGAUACAACAGUUGGCUAUGUCUUUUGAGACGGAGAACAGUAGUAUCUUAGAUACUUCAAUCAACGAUUCGCCAGCAAUAUCUUGCGAUCCUCUUCAUACUCAGUUGCAACGUGACCGGGACAAUUUUCAACUUCAGCAGCAAACUGAUCCUCCUCAACGCCAACAAUGUGAAUCAUUACAAUUACAUUCACAAAGAGAACAGCAGCGUGAUUCUUUUCAACUUGCAUCUCGCGACCGAGAUCCAUUAGUUGCUCAACGUCGUGAAAGAGAACAACUUCAGUUCCAUCAACAACAUGAAAGGGAACAGAUGCAAAUUCAUCAACGCGAAAGAGAACACCUUAGAGAUAAUAAAGUACAUCAAACACCCAAACCUAUUGGUAAUUUACCAUUUGAUGUACCACCUCCGCCAGUUUAUUUAGGAUCAUUCUCGCAGAAUAGGAAUCAUGAGUCGACUUUUGAUCAACCGAUUCCUGAAAUUAAUAUAGAUGAAGACAUGUCUAUUUCCGAUUUAUUCGGACUUAGAUUACCUCGAGGAUCGUUGAUGGGUAGUCAAUCGUCCAUAAACUCGCCAGGAUAUCGACAUCAUCAACAGCAUCAUGGACAGAAUCAUGAAUCAAAUGUUUCUCGACAGUUAAAAUAUCAGCACUACGAUGGUGGACGUGGAUAUUUUCCAUCAUCGCCAAAUAUCGAUAUGCCAGGAACACCUAAUUCAGUAACUACACCAGGAAGUCCAAGUACUCCAAGCAGUAUUUUUUCAAAUCCUUACAGUUAUUCAACUAGUGCAAGUAGUAGCACACAUUUACCAACUUCAUCACCAGCUAAUAGGUCUUAUAUCUCUUAUUUCGAUACUCCAUCUUCACCGUCAGUUCGUUCAGGUUGUUAUGGUCGUCCAAUUAGAGGAUCACCACCAUAUAGUGAUUGCAGCAGUCCUACUGCAGAAUAUCCUCAUAUUAGAUGCAAUGGAUCACGAUCUAUUUCACCAGCUGAUUCGGAGACUAGCGGUGUGAGUAGUCUAGAUGGAUCUCUAUCAGACAUCAUGAACUGUCUAUCAUGGACAUCUCCUUCACGUUCGUGUUAUCAACAUUCUUUGAAAUCUUGGAUGAAUUCGGAGAUGGAUAUGUAUCAAAAUAACCGAGCUGCUACUCUUCAACGUAUGGCAAUGAAAAAAUAUCUUUCUUCAUCUCAUCAUCAACCACCACCAGUUUUUCGACAUCAUCAAUGCUGUUCUACUGGAAAUCACAUGAUUCCAAGUGUUCCACCUACAAUUCCAGAACCUCAUAUAUCUGCAAAAAUUCACAGAAGUGCUUCAUCGUGUGAAGCAACAUACACAUGGAGUGGAACUCUUCCUCCACGUUCUCAAAAAUCUAAUGGAUAUUCAUCAAAAGUUUUUCUUGGUGGAGUACCAUGGGAUAUUACUGAAAAUACUUUAAUAGCAACAUUUAAACAAUUUGGUGACAUUACUGUAGAAUGGCCAAAAAAAGAGCAUUCUAAUGCACCAGAACCUAAAGGUUUUGCUUACAUUAUUUUUGAGUCUGAAAAGCAAGUUAAAGCUUUGCUUAAUUGUUGUACUCAUGAUUUUGCUAAUGGUGGACGUUGGUACUAUAAGAUAUCAUCGAAACGCAUUAAAGGAAAAGAUGUCCAAGUUAUUCCAUGGUCAUUGAGUGACAGUAAUUAUUCUAAAUCAGCAUCACAAAAACUUGAUCCAGGAAAAACCGUAUUUGUUGGUGCGCUUCAUGGUAUGUUGACUGCUGAGGGACUCGCUACAAUUAUGAAUGAUUUAUUUGACGAAGUUAUUUAUGCUGGAAUUGAUACUGAUAAGCAUAAGUAUCCCAUUGGUUCAGCUCGUGUAACAUUUAGCAGCAAACGUUCUUGGGAAAAAGCAGUAGCUGCGGCUUUUGUUGAAAUCAAAACUUCCAAGUUUACAAAAACUGUCCAGAUUGAUCCGUAUCUUGAAGAUUCCGUAUGUACUAACUGUUUUGUACAACAGGGCCCGUAUUAUUGUCGUGAAGAAGUUUGUUUCCGAUAUUUGUGUCGUAAUUGCUGGAUUUGGCGACACUCCAUGGAAGGGUUGUAUUCACAUAAACCAAUGACUCGAAUUUCUAAAACGAAUCAAGUAGUUGGAUUAACUGUUCCUUGGGCGAACAGUACUAAAACAAGCCAAGGGUUAGGAUUAACAGUACCGGGAAAGAACGGCGCUGGUCACCGUAUUCGCUCUAAUGUUUAAUUUUUCAUUGGAAAUAAUUGCAUAUUAUUACAAGAUCCGUAAAGUUAUUGAAUUGAAUCUCAUUAUUUUUGUUUUUUCGAACUAGUUGAUUGUUCGAUUUGAGAUAUCUAUAAAUCUUUAUUCAAAAUACGGAUCUUUAAACAUUAAAAGAAAAAAGUUUCAACGAUAUGAACAUCGUUAACAAAAAAAAUUAUAAAAUUUUCAAAAUCUCGAGAAACGUUGAAAUAUCUAGUGAUUAAGUCGAUAACUAUCAUGUUACCUAUCGUAUUCUUGAAUACUAUCAUCGUAAAAUCGAAGGGUAAAAUCAUCGUAAUCAGGAAAAAAAAUCCUUUAUUCAUGGUUGUUUGGUUAUUAACUUUCUACUUAGUGUAUAAACUUUUUUCUUCUCGUUUUUUUAUCACAUUAGAUAGAAAUUUAUACAUUUAAAUGUAUAGAAUUACGAAUUCAAUGUUAAUAAUAUUGUAAACGGUAAAAAUUUAUAGCGAAGGUGCAUAAUAAGUACUUUAGGAUACGAAAUAACGUGGCUUUUACAGUAUUAAUUUGUUCUAUUUUUGGCUUUUGAAAGAGAGUAAAGAUUUUUCAUGUAUUUACUCAUCAUCAAAUUGUUAAAAAUAUUAAUUUAAUUUUUAAAG